AUGCGAACCACAACCCUUUCCUCUCUCACUUUUCUUCUCUCUUUAUCCGUGAUCGGACGAUGUGAUGAUAUUGCCUGCUCGGAGAGUAAUCCUUGCACGGAAGGAUGCUGCUCCAAACUAUCUGCUGUCUGCGGCUAUGGGCCAGACUACUGCUCGUCGGACAACUGCAUUGCCGCGGCCAGUACCAAUGGAACCUGCUCCCAGCUCUCGGAUUGCGAUCCCAGCGUCUCAGGCUGGACGACCACUGCCUGGGGCUCCGAGUAUGCCUCCUCCGAAAAGUGUCCGUUGAAUGUCUGCUGCAGUGCCUACGGUUUCUGUGGCACCACCUCGGACUUCUGCGGCAACACCACCGUCGCCGAGCCUGUGUGUGAGGGCAGUUCGGCGACGAAAAAAACCAUCGCAUACUACGAGGGGUGGAACCUCGAGCGCAGCUGCGACACCAUGCCCCCCGAGAGCAUUCCCAUCGGGGGGUACACCCACCUGAACUUUGCUUUCCUCUACAUCGACCCGGAUCUGUACACCAUCACCCCCAUGGCGACCGACCAGGAGGAUCUCUACAGUCGGGUGGUAGCCCUGAAGAAGAAGAAGACCGACCUGGAGGUGUGGAUCUCGAUCGGUGGCUGGGCCUUCAAUGACCCUGGGUCGACGGUCAACACCUUUUCCGAUCUCGCCGCCUCGACCUCGAAGCAGAAGACAUUCUUCCAGUCGCUGCUCUCCUUCCUCAAUGAGUACGGGUUUGAUGGCGUUGACCUGGACUGGGAAUAUCCGGUGGCGAGUGACCGGGGAGGCUCCGAGGCCGACUUCGAUAACUAUGUGUCCUUCCUGGCCAAUCUGCGCACGGCACUAGAUAGUGCAGGCAAAGGGUAUGGCCUGACCAUCACGCUGCCGAGCAGUUACUGGUAUCUGCAACACUUUGACGUGGUCAAUCUGGCCAAGAGUGUCGAUUGGUUCAAUAUGAUGACCUAUGACCUUCAUGGCGGGUGGGAUGCCGAAGACCCAUGGAUUGGGUCGAUUGUGAACGCGCACACCAACUUGACCGAAAUCACCCUGGCCAUGGAUCUUCUGUGGCGCAACGAUAUCGAGCCUUCCCAAGUGGUGAUGGGACUGGGGUUCUAUGGCCGCAGCAAAGCAGGACCGUGUACGGCCAGUGCGGGCAUUCUUUCCUUCACGGAAAUCGAAUCCAUCCUGAAGGACUCCAGUCGUGGAGCCACCAAGUUCUAUGACUCGGACGCCGCGGUGCAGAUUGUCACAUUCGAUAGCAAUCAGUGGGUGAGCUAUGACGAUUGGGAAUCCUUUGCCGUGAAGAUGGAUUAUGCGAAUUCUCACUGCAUUGGCGGAACCAUGGUCUGGGCUGUGACUUAUGACAGCGAUGGUACCGCUACCAACGGUCUGACGGGAGACUUGACCCUGUUCCCGGGAGACGAUGGCAGCAAUGGCGGCGAAGGCGAUAUCUACAUCGGACCCGAUCUGUGGACCAACACGACCCACGAGAUCUCCUGCUAUCCCCCAUGCACCAUGGUCUUGCCACCGUACCCGCUGGAAACCGGGGUCACUAUCGAGUGGCCCCCCAUCACCACCAGCUUUGCGUCGAGUUCGGAUGGGCAGACGUUGACCAAGACCACGACCAUCACCGUUCCGCCCUUUCAUAUCACCCAGAUCCCUUUCUGGCCCAUCACGGUUCCUGACAGCAGUGUGGAUGAGGCCUAUAUGAGUCCGCUGCAGAGCAUCACCCCCCCGGGUGUGGUCAUCACCUUGCCGGGGACGGAAGCGGAAUUCCCUCUCUAUCAUACCAACUACAGUGCCAUAGGGGCUCCAAGCGCAACGGCCACGACCACGACCACGACCGGCAAUGUCACCGCGAUCGGGGGCGUCCCCGGCGGCGCCACCGGCAGCUCCAGCGUGGUUACGACCCCCGCGGCCGUUCAGACUGGAAUCGUCUCCGGUUGUACCGAGUUCUACUAUGCGGUCGCGGGUGAUACCUGUGCCGCCAUUGCUGCAGCCUAUGCCAUCAGCUUGACCGAGUUCUAUGCGUCCGAUACGGCCUGCGUGACGUGGUGCACCACCAUGACCUUCGACUGUGAGCCCACCGGGGGCGCCAAUCUUCUCAUCGCGUCCAUGGACAUUGACGAUCUGGGGAAUGAGAUCUAUUCGGCCGACGACGACGCCCUGUCCAGCAGUGCCUGGUCGGCCGCCUCCUGGCUCAACCCCCGGUACACUGGCUGGGAUCCCAUCACCAUCAACGGCACGACGUUGGGAGUGUCCGGCCCCGCGCCCACCGUGGCCAUCACCUCCUCCACGGCGUCCAAGACGACUGCGACGGCCGUGUCCGUGACCUCGUGCGGCCUCCAGACCACAUCGACCGGGUCCAGCCCCUCGACCUACUGCACCUGCAACGGCGGCUACGGGCUGGCGCUGUCGACCAAGACCAACGCCGCCCACUCCACCUUUCUCAUCUGCGCGGCGGAUCCCCCCCUCACCGUGACGACCAUCACGCCGACGACGACGACCUCUACCACCACCCAGCCGAAAACCACGUCCACCACGACGACCACGGCAGCCCAGUCGAGCACCACCGGCUUCGCCAUCACCUACAUCCAGUGUUCCAGCUCGAUCUGCCCCGUCGGGAAGACCUGUGAAUCCGACGGGAGCUUCAACUUCAUGGGGGUGCAGCCGUUUGGGGACGACGACGAUGACGAGCUCGUGCAGAUCUCGGGCUCCUACAACAAGGAGGCUUUGGUCAAUGGGGGGAAGGCCAAGUUCUGUGGCCAAACCUCCAAGUUCACGGUGAAAGAUGACACGGUGACGGGUUCCAGCUCCAAAAGUGAAUACGGAACCUACAGUUGCCUGAAGUAUAGUGACGCCACCUCGUUGACUAUUUAUGACAAGGACAAUGGCAUUACCUGUGAGUCGACGCCACAGUAUGCCUGUCUGACGGAGAUCUGUCUGUAA